UGUUGGGAGACUAGCAACCUUUGCAAAAGAGAGAUUAGUGUGUCUGCUGCCUGCUGAGAAUUGGGAAGGAGCUGUUAGUCAGUUAGCUAUAGACGGUAACGUUACCUGGCGAACUCACCGUCCGCUGUUUUAGAAAAUUAACUUGCUAACUAGUUACAGCAGCAAAUCUCUGGUUACAAUGCGUAGUUACUAUGAAUGGCUAUCAGCGUAGUAAUGACACAUGUUUCCGCUAGAACCGUCAUUAUACACCGUGAAGGCAGUCCUCAUUCUGGAUAAUGAUGGAGAACGACUCUAUGCUAAAUAUUAUGAUGACACCUACCCUUCAGUAAAGGAACAGAAAGCUUUUGAGAAGAACAUCUUCAGCAAGACACACCGGACUGACAGUGAGAUCGCGUUGCUAGAGGGCCUCACAGUUGUCUACAAGAGCAACAUUGAUCUCUUCUUCUAUGUCGUUGGAAGCUCACAUGAAAAUGAGUUGAUGCUAAUGGCUGUUCUAAACUGUCUGUUUGACUCACUGAGCCAAAUGUUGAGAAAGAAUGUUGAGAGGAGAGCUCUACUUGAGAAUAUGGAAGGUCUCUUUCUCGCUGUGGAUGAAAUUGUGGAUGGGGGAGUGAUUCUGGAAAGUGAUCCUCAGCAAGUGGUCCACCGCGUGGCACUAAGGGGGGAAGAUGUGCCCUACUCAGAGCAGACUGUCACCCAGAAGGCCAGUUUUCUUCUACAGGUGCUACAGUCUGCCAAGGAACAGAUCAAAUGGUCUCUGCUACGAUAGGACCUGUCAACUCCCCUCAUCUAAUACUGUACCACCAUUACACAUGCCUCCUCUCUGUGAUGUCAUCUCUUCCCCUCAACUCACUCCAUACCGUGUCUCCAAUCAGGACUGAGGAGAGGCUGAUCACUCAUCCAAUCAGACACUCCCAGGGCCAGGGAUAUCUUUGAGUAUUGUCUGUCUGAAUUGAUAAUUUCGAUCAUGUGUCGUUAGUGUAAAAGGGUAUUCUUGUAUCUGGCUAUGAAGCUAGCUGUAAGAGGGAUAUUGGAUGGUAGUGUGUCAAUACAUUCCUGCUGCCCGGUUUGCAUUUUCUUAACGUUUAAGUUGACAGCUUUAUGUCCCUCAUCUCUGAUAACAUUCCAUGUGUUAACUAUAGUACAGACCAUAGAAAUACUUCCUUCCUAUUUCUAUGGUACAGACAUAUGGUCAGAUCACGCAACCUUGUUGUUAGUCACUUUGUUCCUUCAGAAUACUGGAUAAAUUCAAGCAUUUGAAUCUUUUGAAUAAAAACAUUUAUAGAUACUGAAGCUAUGAUA